CAAUGAAAGAUGGUAAGGGUCACGUGUCUUCAAAGGAGGACUUGAAAUGGAUUGUGUCCGUAAUCAUCUUCACCUGCAGUGUGUCACAUGCUGCUGUCAAUUUCCUACAAUAUGACGAAUAUGGUCACCCUGCAAACUAUCCAUCGAUGCUGAGGACACCGCUAUUAAAAGACAAAGCACCCAGAACCGAGAAGGAUAUCGUAGAUGCCCUGCCUGAGGUAAAAACAAUUUUCGAUGUUUUAAAAGUCACAAGCGUCCUGAGCAAAAGAGGAACCAAUCCUCUGGGAAAUUUCGAUGUAAAAUAUAUCUGUCAUCAAGCGGGACGUCAAUGCGUCGCCGAGUUCCAAUCGAAUCUGAAAAGAAUUACUAAAGAAAUCAGUGAAAAAAUUGAAAACCGUGGUUGGCCUUACGACGUCUUGGAUCCCCCCUUAAUUCCUAACUCUAUCGCUGUUUGAAUGUAUGUGCCUCUGUGUGUGUGUGUGUGUGUGUGUGUGG